AGUGCCUGGGGUAGAGUGAUGGGAUCAGGGCUCUCGGACCUGGGUGCCCAAGGCCCUCCCCGUGUCCCCGGGAGAGCACAGCAUGGGAACCCGGCUGGGCUCUCUGGGCUCACGGGGCCAGCGCCCUCUAGGCAGCGGAAGUGGCGCGGGCUGUACAUCCGUCCCCGCCUCGCAGAGUUGGGAGCAGACAGGCAGGGUUGGGGGGGUGUGCAGGGGGGGGAAAUGCAAGAGCAAAGUCUUUGCACCAUGUAGAGCGAGCCAGGGGGCCCGGGAGCGGCGCCCCAGAUCUGCGGCCAUGAACGCGAGCGACAGCUUCUCAGGAUCAGUGCAAAUCCCAGGAGGCACCACGGUCCUGGUAGAGCUGACACCAGACAUCCACAUCUGUGGUAUCUGUAAGCAGCAGUUCAGCAACCUGGAUGCCUUCGUAGCCCACAAGCAGAGUGGCUGCCAGCUGACCAGCACGCCCGUGACAGCCCCCAGCACGGUCCAGUUUGUGUCGGAGGAGACGGUGCCUGCCACCCAGACCACCACGAGGACCAUCAGCUCGGAGACCCAGACCAUCACAGUUUCAGCUCCAGAAUUCGUCUUUGAACAUGGCUAUCAAACCUACCUGCCCGCGGAGAGCAACGAAAACCAGACAGCCACCGUGAUCUCUCUCCCCGCCAAGUCACGCACCAAAAAGCCCACCACACCGCCUGCGCAGAAGAGGCUGGGCUGCUGCUAUCCAGGUUGCCAGUUCAAGACUGCCUAUGGCAUGAAGGACAUGGAGCGACAUCUGAAGAUCCACACGGGUGACAAACCCCACAAGUGCGAGGUGUGCGGGAAGUGCUUCAGCCGGAAGGACAAGCUGAAGACGCACAUGCGCUGCCACACGGGCGUCAAGCCCUACAAGUGCAAGACGUGCGACUACGCGGCGGCGGACAGCAGCAGCCUCAACAAGCACCUGCGCAUCCACUCGGACGAGCGGCCCUUCAAGUGCCAGAUCUGCCCCUACGCCAGCCGCAACUCCAGCCAGCUCACCGUGCACCUGCGCUCGCACACAGGGGACGCCCCCUUCCAGUGCUGGCUCUGUAGUGCCAAGUUCAAAAUCAGCUCGGACUUGAAAAGGCACAUGCGUGUGCACUCGGGGGAGAAGCCUUUCAAGUGCGAGUUCUGCAAUGUCCGCUGCACCAUGAAGGGGAACCUCAAGUCGCACAUCCGCAUCAAGCACAGCGGGAAUAACUUCAAGUGUCCGCACUGCGACUUCCUGGGUGACAGCAAAUCCACCCUGCGGAAGCACAGCCGCUUGCACCAGUCGGAGCACCCGGAGAAGUGCCCGGAGUGCAGCUACUCCUGUUCCAGCAAGGCCGCGCUGCGCGUGCACGAGCGCAUCCAUUGCACGGAGCGCCCGUUCAAGUGCAACUACUGCAGCUUCGACACCAAGCAGCCCAGCAACCUGAGCAAGCACAUGAAGAAGUUCCACGCCGACAUGCUCAAGACCGAGGCCCCGGAGAGGAAGGACACCGGCAGGCAGAGCAGCCGGCAGGUGACCAAGCUGGAUGCCAAGAAGACGUUCCACUGUGACAUCUGUGAGGCCUCCUUCAUGCGGGAGGACUCCCUCCGCAGCCACAAGAGGCAGCACAGUGAGUACCACGACAGUAAGAACUCGGAUGUGACUGUCGUGCAGCUUCACCUUGACGCCAGCAAGCAGCCGGCUGCGCCCCUCACCGUGGGCCAUCUCCAGGUCCCCCUCCAGUCCGGCCAGGUGUCUCAGUUCAGUGAGGGGAGGGUCAAGAUCAUCGUGGGCCAUCAGGUACCUCAGGCGAACACCAUCGUCCAAGCGGCCGCCGCUGCUGUCAACAUUGUGCCCCCCACCCUGGUAGCCCAGACCCCAGAGGAGCUCCCGGGGAACGGCCGGCUGCAGAUCCUACGCCAGGUCAGUCUAAUCACCCCUCCUCAGGCCCCCGGGUGUCCUGGAGAAGCAGGUACCCUGAGUCAGCCAACUGUUCUGCUGACCACCCAUGAACAGGCGGCGGGGGCCACCCUACAACAGACUCUGAUCCCCACCACCCCAGCCGGGACCCAGGAAGGCACGGGAAACCAGACGUUCAUUGCCAGUUCGGGUAUCACGUGCUCGGACUUCGAAGGCCUUAACGCCCUGAUUCAGGAGGGCACUGCGGAGGUAACAGUGGUGAGCGAUGGAGGCCAGAGCAUCGCCGUGGCCACCACGGCACCGCCCAUAUUCUCCUCUCAACAAGAACUGCCCAAGCAGACUUACUCCAUCAUCCACGGGGCUGCACCUGCCCUGCUCUGCCCGGCUGAUUCCAUACCCGAUUAGUGCUUUAGAUACAUUCUGGAGGGGGACGGGUGCUGUCGGAGAAACGACAAGAGGAAUGUUGUACGAGGCUCCUGGUCCCUU